CGGAAGCCGCCGAAAGCAUGUGGGCAGCCGUUUUCUGGUGAUUGCCUCGCUCUUCUUCCUUCUUUUUCUUCCCUCUCCUCUUCCUUUUUCUUUCUUCCUCUUGGGCAUUCUGCGUAUUUUGCGUCGCUCCCGAAGUCACCAGCUUCGUCCCGUAUCUUUUCGUAUUUUCACUAUAUAAAUCACUUAUAUAGUGCCUCAUUUUCUUGCCUUAUACCCCUCCUAACGAAUCACGACUCGCUAUUAACAACCGCCGCCACAAUGGUUGAGAAGCUCUACGUUACGUACAAUGAUGUCCACAAGCUGUGCCAGCAGGCCGCUCCCAAGAUCCUCGAGGAGUUCAAGCCGCAGCUCAUGAUUGCCAUCGGCGGUGGCGGCUACGUCCCUGCGCGUAUCCUGCGCUCAUUCCUCAAGCAGCCCGGAUCUCCCAACAUCCCCAUCCAGGCCAUCGGCCUCUCCCUGUACGAGUCCCUCGGCAACAGCGAGGUCGAGGAGAUCGGCACAAAGGUCACCCGCACCCAGUGGCUCGAUCUCUCCGCCCUGGGCGAGAUGGAGAACCUCGUCGGCAAGCGUGUCCUGAUCGUGGACGAGGUCGACGACACCCGGACGACGCUCGAGUAUGCCGUCAAGGAGCUGGAGAAGGAUGUCGAGGAGGCCCGCCAGAGGCUCGGACCCGAUGCGCCCAAGGCCGAGUUCAGCAUCUUUGUUCUCCACAACAAGGACAAGCCCAAGAAGGGCCAGCUGCCCGAGGAAAUGGUCAAGAGCCGCUACACCGCUGCCGUCACCUGCGGCGAUGCCUGGAUUAACUACCCAUGGGAGGCGAUCGACAUUGACGAGCACGACAGACUUGCCCAGCAGAAGGCAUAAUGCAUUCACGUCGUUUAAGCUUGCCAGGAAGUAAAAUAUAGAAAUAUAU